GGGCUGCCCUCAGGACCCGCGCAGCGGGCAGCCGGCAGCCGUCACCCCGGGGAGCGUCCGUGGGGUGCCCAGGAACCCCACCCCGGCCCGGGGCGCUCAGACGGCAGCAAACUGCUGGGCGGCGCGGGGACUACUUUCACCGCCCUCUCGCGCCCCGCCCCUUGUCCUCGCGCGGCGGAACGCUCCGCGCUGCGCCGGCGGCGGCAGGAUACAGCGGCUUCAGCGCGACUUAUAAGAGCUCCUUGUGCGGCGCCAUUUUAAGCUUCUCGGUCUGUGGCAGCCGCGUUGGCCCGGCCCCGGGAGCGGAGAGCGAGGGGAGGCGGAGACGGAGGAAGGUCCGAGGAGCAGCUUCAGUCCCCGCCGAGCCGCCACCGCAGGUCGAGGACGGUCGGACUCCCGCGGCGGGAGGAGCCUGUUCCCCUGAGGGUAUUUGAAGUAUACCAUACAACUGUUUUGAAAAUCCAGCGUGGACAAUGGCUACUCAAGCUGAUUUGAUGGAGUUGGACAUGGCCAUGGAACCAGACAGAAAAGCAGCUGUCAGUCACUGGCAGCAACAGUCUUACCUGGACUCUGGAAUCCAUUCUGGUGCCACUACCACGGCUCCUUCUCUGAGUGGUAAAGGCAAUCCUGAGGAAGAGGAUGUGGAUACCUCCCAAGUCCUGUAUGAGUGGGAACAGGGAUUUUCUCAGUCCUUCACUCAAGAGCAAGUAGCUGAUAUUGAUGGACAGUAUGCAAUGACUCGAGCUCAGAGGGUACGAGCUGCUAUGUUCCCGGAGACAUUAGAUGAGGGCAUGCAGAUCCCAUCUACACAGUUUGAUGCUGCUCAUCCCACUAAUGUCCAGCGUUUGGCUGAACCAUCACAGAUGCUGAAACAUGCAGUUGUAAACUUGAUUAACUAUCAAGAUGAUGCAGAACUCGCCACACGUGCAAUCCCUGAACUGACAAAACUGCUAAAUGACGAGGACCAGGUGGUGGUGAAUAAGGCUGCAGUUAUGGUCCAUCAGCUUUCUAAAAAGGAAGCUUCCAGACACGCUAUCAUGCGUUCUCCUCAGAUGGUGUCUGCUAUUGUACGUACCAUGCAGAAUACAAAUGAUGUAGAAACAGCUCGUUGUACCGCUGGGACCUUGCAUAACCUUUCCCAUCAUCGUGAGGGCUUACUGGCCAUCUUUAAGUCUGGAGGGAUUCCUGCCCUGGUGAAAAUGCUUGGUUCACCAGUGGAUUCUGUAUUGUUUUAUGCCAUUACAACUCUCCACAACCUUUUAUUACAUCAAGAAGGAGCUAAAAUGGCAGUGCGUUUAGCUGGUGGGCUGCAGAAAAUGGUUGCCUUGCUCAACAAAACAAAUGUUAAAUUCUUGGCUAUUACGACAGACUGCCUUCAAAUUUUAGCUUACGGCAACCAAGAAAGCAAGCUCAUCAUACUGGCUAGUGGUGGACCCCAAGCUUUAGUAAAUAUAAUGAGGACCUAUACUUAUGAAAAACUACUGUGGACCACAAGCAGAGUGCUGAAGGUGCUAUCAGUCUGCUCUAGUAAUAAGCCGGCUAUUGUAGAAGCUGGUGGAAUGCAAGCUUUAGGACUUCACCUGACAGAUCCAAGUCAACGUCUUGUUCAGAACUGUCUUUGGACUCUCAGGAAUCUUUCAGAUGCUGCAACUAAACAGGAAGGGAUGGAAGGUCUCCUUGGGACUCUUGUUCAGCUUCUAGGUUCAGAUGAUAUAAAUGUGGUCACCUGUGCAGCUGGAAUUCUUUCUAACCUCACUUGCAAUAAUUAUAAGAACAAGAUGAUGGUCUGCCAAGUGGGUGGUAUAGAGGCUCUUGUGCGUACUGUCCUUCGGGCUGGUGACAGGGAAGACAUCACUGAGCCUGCCAUCUGUGCUCUUCGUCAUCUGACCAGCCGACACCAAGAAGCAGAGAUGGCCCAGAAUGCAGUUCGCCUUCACUAUGGACUACCAGUUGUGGUUAAGCUCUUACACCCACCAUCCCACUGGCCUCUGAUAAAGGCUACCGUUGGAUUGAUUCGAAAUCUUGCCCUUUGUCCAGCAAAUCAUGCACCUUUGCGUGAGCAGGGUGCCAUUCCACGACUAGUUCAGUUGCUUGUUCGUGCACAUCAGGAUACCCAGCGCCGUACGUCCAUGGGAGGGACACAGCAGCAAUUCGUGGAGGGGGUCCGCAUGGAAGAAAUAGUUGAAGGUUGUACCGGAGCCCUUCACAUCCUAGCUCGGGAUGUUCACAACCGAAUUGUUAUCAGGGGACUAAAUACCAUUCCAUUGUUUGUGCAGCUGCUUUAUUCUCCCAUUGAAAACAUCCAAAGAGUAGCUGCAGGGGUCCUUUGUGAACUUGCUCAGGACAAGGAAGCUGCAGAAGCUAUUGAAGCUGAGGGAGCCACAGCUCCUCUGACAGAGUUACUUCACUCUAGGAAUGAAGGUGUGGCGACGUAUGCAGCUGCUGUUUUGUUCCGAAUGUCUGAGGACAAGCCACAAGAUUACAAGAAACGGCUUUCAGUUGAGCUGACCAGCUCUCUCUUCAGAACAGAGCCAAUGGCUUGGAAUGAGACUGCUGAUCUUGGACUUGAUAUUGGUGCCCAGGGAGAACCCCUUGGAUAUCGCCAGGAUGAUCCUAGCUAUCGUUCUUUUCACUCUGGUGGAUAUGGCCAGGAUGCCUUGGGUAUGGACCCCAUGAUGGAACACGAGAUGGGUGGCCACCACCCUGGUGCUGACUAUCCAGUUGAUGGGCUGCCAGAUCUGGGGCAUGCCCAGGACCUCAUGGAUGGGCUGCCUCCAGGUGACAGCAAUCAGCUGGCCUGGUUUGAUACUGACCUGUAAAUCAUCCUUUAGCUGUAUUGUCUGAACUUGCAUUGUGAUUGGCCUGUAGAGUUGCUGAGAGGGCUCGAGGGGUGGGCUGGUAUCUCAGAAAGUGCCUGACACACUAACCAAGCUGAGUUUCCUAUGGGAACAAUUGAAGUAAACUUUUUGUUCUGGUCCUUUUUGGUCGAGGAGUAACAAUACAAAUGGAUUUUGGGAGUGACUCAAGAAGUGAAGAAUGCACAAGAAUGGAUCACAAGAUGGAAUUUAUCAAACCCUAGCCUUGCUUGUUAAAAAUUUUUUUUUUUUUUUUUUAAAGAAUAUCUGUAAUGGUACUGACUUUGCUUGCUUUGAAGUAGCUCUUUAAUUUUUUUUUUUUUUUUUGCAGUAACUGUUAGUUUUUUAAGUCUCUCGUAGUGUUAAGUUAUAGUGAAUACUGCUACAGCAAUUUCUAAUUUUUAAGAAUUGAGUAAUGAUGUAGAACACUAAUUCAUAAUCACUCUAAUUGUAAUCUGAAUAAAGUGUAACAUUGUGUAGCCUUUUUGUAUAAAAUAGACAAAUAGAAAAUGGUCCAAUUAGUUUCCUUUUUAAUAUGCUUAAAAUAAGCAGGUGGAUCUAUUUCAUGUUUUUGAUCAAAAACUAUUUGGGAUAUGUAUGGGUAGGGUAAAUCAGUAAGAGGUGUUAUUUGGAACCUUGUUUUGGACAGUUUACCAGUUGCCUUUUAUCCCAAAGUUGUUGUAACCUGCUGUGAUAUGAUGCUUCAAGAGAAAAUGCGGUUAUAAAAAAUGGUUCAGAAUUAAACUUUUAAUUCCUUC